UCUUCAUUUUCUAGGGUUAGUUUCUGCCUCAACCAAAAGCGUAGCCAUGGGUAGAAGACCAGCAAGGUGCUAUCGUCAAAUUAAGAACAAACCGUACCCGAAAUCGCGGUUUUGCCGUGGUGUUCCUGAUCCUAAGAUCAGGAUUUAUGAUGUUGGCAUGAAGAAGAAAGGUGUUGAUGAAUUUCCCUUCUGUGUGCAUCUGGUUAGUUGGGAGAAGGAGAAUGUUUCAAGUGAGGCUCUUGAGGCUGCUAGGAUUGCGUGCAACAAGUACAUGGCAAAAUUUGCUGGGAAGGAUGCAUUCCACUUGAGGGUUAGGGUUCAUCCCUUCCAUGUUCUUAGGAUCAACAAGAUGCUUUCGUGUGCCGGAGCUGAUAGGCUCCAGACCGGCAUGAGAGGUGCCUUUGGAAAGCCACAGGGUACUUGUGCUAGAGUGGCUAUUGGCCAGGUCCUGCUCUCUGUCCGCUGCAAGGACAGCAACAGCCACCAUGCUCAGGAGGCCCUCCGCCGUGCUAAAUUCAAGUUCCCCGGCCGCCAAAAGAUUAUUGUUAGCAGGAAGUGGGGGUUCACCAAGUUUAACCGCACUGACUAUUUGAAGUUCAAGUCAGAGAACAGGAUUAUGCCUGAUGGUGUCAAUGCCAAGCUUCUUGGGUGCCAUGGACCAUUGGCUAAUCGCCAACCAGGAAGAGCCUUUUUGUCCAGUGCUACCGCCUAGACUGUUUGUUACUCAGAAAUUUGUCUUUUAAUCAUAUCUGUUUUGCAAUAGUGGAUUUUGCUUGUGUUUUCUGCACAUUAUCUUGAACCAACUUGAGUUAAUUCUUACUUUGCUGGAUACUAUUAAUGUUAUAUUUUGUUAUGUUCCAUUAAGCUCGA